CCGCGCGCGGCGGCCUCAGCGCAGCCCCGCGAGGCGCCGAUCCCUCCGCGCCGCCCGGCCGCGCUCCCCCCUCACCCACGCAGGAGAGCGGAGGCGCGCGGCGCGAGGAAAAUAGUGCGCAGCGGAGUGAUCCGAACGCGGGGGCGGGGCGCCGGGGGCCAUAUAAGCACCUAGCGGAGGGAUGCGUGGCGCAGUUGGCGCUGGGUGAGGGAAAAAUGCAGAUCUUCGUCAAGACCCUGACUGGCAAGACCAUCACCCUUGAGGUCGAGCCCAGUGACACCAUUGAGAAUGUCAAGGCCAAGAUCCAGGACAAGGAAGGCAUCCCUCCUGACCAGCAGAGGCUGAUCUUUGCUGGCAAGCAGCUGGAGGAUGGCCGUACCCUCUCUGACUACAACAUCCAGAAGGAAUCCACUCUGCACUUGGUGCUGCGCCUGCGGGGUGGAAUGCAGAUCUUUGUCAAGACCCUGACUGGCAAGACCAUCACCCUUGAGGUUGAGCCCAGUGACACCAUUGAAAAUGUCAAGGCCAAGAUCCAGGACAAGGAAGGCAUCCCUCCUGACCAGCAGAGGCUGAUCUUUGCUGGCAAGCAGCUGGAAGAUGGCCGCACCCUCUCUGACUACAACAUCCAGAAGGAAUCCACCCUGCAUCUCGUGCUGCGCCUCAGGGGUGGCAUGCAGAUCUUUGUCAAGACCCUGACUGGCAAGACCAUCACUCUGGAAGUCGAGCCCAGUGACACCAUUGAGAAUGUCAAAGCCAAGAUCCAGGACAAGGAAGGCAUCCCUCCUGACCAGCAGAGGCUGAUCUUCGCAGGGAAGCAGCUGGAAGAUGGCCGUACCCUCUCUGACUACAACAUCCAGAAGGAGUCAACUCUGCACCUUGUCCUGCGCCUGCGGGGUGGUAACUGAACCAGCAGGUUGUUGCUUCAAAUAAAAGGUUCCCUGCACUUGUUCAUUCCAAUAAAGCUGUUGCAUCUGUAAAA